GCCGGGGCGGCCAUGGCGGCCGCGUCGCGCACCGCGCUCAUCUUCGGCGGCUUCGCGGCCCUCGUGGCCGCCGCCUUCUACCCCAUCUACUUCCGGCCGCUGCUGCAGCCCGACGAGUACAAGAAAGAGCAGCUAAUAAACCGAGCAGGAAUUAUUCAAGAGAACAUUCAGCCUCCAGGAUUAAAAGUGUGGUCUGAUCCCUUUGGAAGAAAGUAAGCAUGGCCGGCGGAGUGCGAUGCGUGGUGCGACUGUGGAAGCACGUCUGCAGUUGCCUCUUCGUAUCCUGAAGUGUCUUCAAGCGUGGCCAGAGGAGAAUGUGGGCACGUGAGGAGGAACAAAUGCUGCUGGCUGGGAUGCCGGGGGGGGAAAAAAAAAAAAAAAGAAAAAACCUGUUUGGCAGUGGAUCUGGGGGCAUAAUGCACUGACUGUAAGCGAGCUGAGUGAUUCUUGGGUUUAGAAUUGAAAUAUUUAUUUCCUUGACAAGAGGGAAGUGGAAUUGCUUUAGUGGUUAAUCUGUAAACAUUUCUAGAAUAAAUUAUGAAUAGAAUAAAUGAUGCAGACCGCUACAACUUCCUCCCUGGUACGAGAAUUACUUUUUGUGGUUUUAUUAUGAAAAAGUAAUAGAGUGAUAGAAGUAUAUACUGAGAGAGCGCUGCAGAAAAUAUAACAGAGUAAGUGUAAAUUUGUAUAUUAAAAAUCACUUCUUUUAAACUAAUGUGUGGGAUUUUCUUUUCAUUUUGUUACUUGGUUUAGCAUCAAAUGUUGGGGGUGGAAAAAUAGACCCUUUACAGGCCUUUACAGACUGUUUUUAAAAUCUUGGGUUUAUUUUGAGAAAAACGAUCAUUAAAUAAUUUAGUA